GCUGAGUUUUCCAUCUCUCUCUCUCUCUCUCUCUCUCUCUCUCUCUCUCUCUCUCUCUCUCACACACACACACACACACACACACACACACGUUCUUUUUUCACAAGUUAUCCUCUUCAUUUGGUCUUGACAUAAGAGCCGUUUACACACGACGCGUUAUUGCGUUCCGUAUUUUUUUAAAUGUUCAAUGCAUAUUUUUUUUCAACAUCUCUUACAACGAGCGCUGGAUUUUUAAGAUGUAGUGUCCAGUUAAAAACAGUAGUGGACCUUCAGUCAUUUUUUUUUAAAAUCAUCUAGCCUAAUUAAUAUGCGAUAGACUUUGUAGUGUUUGCCAGUUGACAGUUGCGACACAUGCUGUUGUUAGCAUUUGCCAUAAAAUUCACCCUUUAAAUUCGGUCUAGAGACCCAAGUCUGCUCGUGUACUUGUAGUUUUGAACGGUUUUUGAAAUAGUCCUGUACGACUGCUCACAUUUAUUUUUUAAACGGCCUCAAAUCUGUUGUGUUCCAAUUUGUUGAGUCGGACUGUUUUUAGGCGCGAGAAUUUCUCCCGUGUGAACGCCCACAUGCGCGCUUUUAAUACUGAUUAUUUAUGUUCCAUAAUAGCCUAUAUUUAGCCUGUUAUACUAAUUUAUAUUUGAUUGUUACAAGUUGUUUCAAACGGAUGCUUUAUUGCUAUUUUAGAUUAUUUUACGAUUAUCCCAGUCAAGCCUAUGUUUAGUGUAGGCUACUGAAUUGAGAGAAAAUAUAAAUAAAAUCAGUAAUGCGUCUAGAAGUCACAUUCCUUCUGAAUAUGCAUUGCACAUCUAUUGAGCACUGGAGGGAUCCACGCGCCAUACUGCACUGAAUAUAAAAGUUUAUUUUAUGGAGUUCUGUGCCCUUCUUUUAAAUAUAUUCGAAGGAGAGUGCACUGUAUAGCGCGCCUGUGCCGCUUUGUUGCUUAUGAAUGGAGCGUUGCGUUUUUGUUGCGUCGCGUCUCUGGAGGACGCAGGUGAGUUAAUCCUCUGAGCGCCGAGAUCCGCGGCUCUGACGCGCGCUCAGGAAUCCCUGCACUAUUAACAUGACUUCCGCGAAUCAGACUCGAGCAGAGCGGGAAUGUUACGACCUCUCGACUGCAGAUGGAGGAACACAUGAUACCCACACAACGCACGAGCGACGCGACACACAACCUGGUUCAGAUGCUGGUUUCAUGGAUCAAGAAGGACCUGCAUUUUCAGUCAAGGAAAAGGAGUCUGAUUUUUUGGCUCAUGAGUUCAUCCCAUCUUCAUCGCACACUUCAGGAUCAGGCCAGCACAUUUGUGAGGGGUUAAAAUAUCUAAUUCAAGAGGGACUAGAGCCAGAUGUCAAGACCACCACCACACCAAAACCAGCCCAGGCCUUCACAGAGGAGUCCACGGCCAGUCAAACUCAGGGUCAGGGGCUGGAUCCCACUGAGAGACUCCAAGAACCAGAACCUGAACAGAUCCUGGAGGACAAGAGGUCUGAUCAGGAGGAUCUAAAGCAAGAUGAUGAGACGUUCAGGACACAGAGAAUGUGUGAAUAUGAACCAGAGGAAGGGAUGCCAGCCGUGGUGGUCACCCAACCCGAAGAGGUCUCAUCAGACCAGGCGGAGGACAUAAAUGUAUCUGUGACACUUGAGGACAUGAUUCACAGUGAUUCCAGUCGCAAUGCGAGUCCCAGCGAUGGCACUGAACUCAGCAGCAGUGACCUGCUGUCUUUAAAAAGUGACACAGUAUCUCUGCUCAGUGAAUUGGCCAUGUCAUGCAAAAGUGAUGAACAGGAGGGACCUGAGGAAGACACUCGGAGCAUCACUGCAUCUUCAGUUAUGUCACUGUUUCAACGGGUACAGAUGGACCCCAUUGAGAAAGAGUGGCUGCGUUGUGCAGCGCUGGGAAACGCUACCACCCUGUACCUGCUUCUACAACAGGACCCUACACUUGUCUCCAAAAAGGACUUUGUCACCUUUACGGCGCUCCACUGGGCGGCCAAGCAGGGCCGUGUGGAGAUGGUGGACAUGAUGGCGCGCUCCGGAGCGGACGUCAACCAGAGAGCGGGGGGUUACACACCGCUCCACCUGGCUUCUCUACACGGACAUGACAAAAUCAUCCAGCUGCUAAUCAAUAACUACAAUGCCAAAGUCAAUGUAAGGGACUAUCACGGGAAGAUGGCAGCUCAUUACUGGAGUGGCAGCAAGGAUAUUUUUACCGAACAAAGAUCUCAUUCUGCUGGCAGCUGGCCGAGGGGGAGGCGGGCCCAGUGUUACGCGCAGCUGUCUGCCCUCCUGUCUCGCUCUCAGAGUAACAGAAUCAUCAGUGCAGAGACGUCCAGCAGUCCACAAGAGCUCCAUCACCCUCAUCCUGAUACACACUCAGCAUGAACCACUGCCCAGUGAUUGUCAAGUAUUCAUGAAAUGAGCAUUAAAGGAUUAGUUUGAAUAAAAAUUAAUAUGCUGUCAUCA